AUGCUAUGUGCACAAUGCCGACAGAGAAAGGUUCGCUGCAGCGGAGGUGCAGGUACCUGCGAAGCCUGUGUCCGUCUUAGUUUCAAAUGUUCAUUGAGCGACUCACCAUCCCCAGUUAACCCUAUUGCAGGAGACUCUCCCGCUGUAUUGAGGGUCAGAGGAGGGAGAGCAUGUGAUGAAUGCCGCAGGCACAGGGCCCGAUGUGUUCGCGGUAGCGAACAGACUUGUCUCCGCUGUCAGCAGCAAGCUUGUGCAUGUAUUUUCUCACUUUCUGUUCGGCAGUAUCGAGUGCAGCAGCGAAGACAAAGACGGGUGGACGUUCAUUCAUCAGACAAGUCCCAGAGACCGUUGGGCGCGGUUGAGAGUGACAUAAGGGUGACAGAUGCUUUGGCAAUCAGUACGAUGGAGUCUACUAGCGCAAUAGACAGGUUUGCUCAAGUACGGAAACUCAUCAAUGCUUUCUUCGAGUUCAUUCACCCAGUCCCAGGCUACAAUUUUUUACACCGAGCAGAUAUACUGCGGAUUUAUUCUUUAGGCAGCCUGCCAUCUGUUCUCCUGCUCGCCAUCUGUGGCGCUGCUUCGCGAUACCUGUCGGUAUCAGAUAUGGCCACCAAUGAAGCACGAUCUUGGAUCGAAGCCGCCGAGUCAAAAGUGCUAAAAAGCUUGGGAGAGGCUAGACCAUAUCAUACGGAAGCAUUGAUGAUUCUUGGGUUCAAUCGCCGCUGCAAUCAUCAAAGCGGCAAGACAUUUUUCUUCGUCUCGCUCGCAGCUAGGAUGGCUUAUCAUCUCAAGCUCCACCGAGAGAACCACAACCUCAAUUUCUUGGAGCAGGAGUGUCGGCGACGCUUAGUGUGGUGUAUAUUCACGGUCGACAGAUUCUGUGCUGGAGGGAUCAAAGAGUACCUGGUCUUGAAUACCAGCUCUGUGCAGUUGCAACUUCCUUGUGCUGAAAGAUACUUUGAGACCGACAACGCCGUCAAGACCUGCUCUCUAAUGGACAAGGAAGCGCCAGCUUCCGAUCUGUCAACAUCUGCUCUGAUGCUUCGUCUCUUUGACAUUCGAAAUCGCGCUCAUCUCGAAUCUCUGAUCAGCCCUGAAACAUCCUUAACGCAAUUUAAGAGCUUCGAAGACGAAUUUCAGAAUAUUCAUGCGUUGCUUUCACCAGAACGGCAGUUCAGCACUCAUGCCUUCGAGCUCCGCGCAUUUUCACCAAAGCGCACCACGUUUAUCAUGUUUCAUGUUUACUUCCAUCACUGCCAGUGCGAGCUGUAUCGCUUGUUGAAUCCCGGAUAUCGUGAGGCUCUUCAAGAAUCCGUAAUCAGUUCCACGAGCCCAGAGUUUGUGGUCUACGCUCAAACAGAGUGCCUGAAGCACGCCAUAACGAUCGGCGAAAUUAUUACAACAACAUAUCAACUUGUAGGCGAAGAGCUGUACAUUAGCGACCCCGCAAUU